UGUUAUUCCGAGUCUGCUACGGCGCGCACGUCUCUCUCUUCGUCUACCUGUCUCUCUCUGUGUCUUCGAAAUUUAAAAUCCUUCGAAAUCAAAAAGCAAUAUUAAGUUAAGUGUUGAAUUUUGAGUGUUCCGUGCGAUUUUUUUAUGGAUUCGUUUUUUUUUCGGAGUGUUAUGUAACAGGUUACAACAUCAACCUCAUAUAAAAAUACAUCGAGAACAUUGUCUGUGAUAAAAUAAAACGUAAGAGAGAAAACAGUGACCUUCUGUUAAAAACCGUUAUCGAAUUGUUGAAAAACCGUUAUUAAAAAAACCGUUAUUUCUCCGCGCGUUAACUGUUGCGUAAAUAUAUAACUUCAAUGUUGUGUUCCCUACACGAUGUCGUCACCGGAGUCAAGUAUGACGAAGAACUUCCUUACCGUCACCAAUAUUGUGAAUGAGGGGAUCAAGGGGAGCAAGAUAUCGAAGCUGGGGCUGUCAAAAUACCUGUCACAGUCACUAGCGCAGCUUGAGACAACAUCGACCAGCAGCCCCGGCGCCAAGUCCCCGGCGGGCAGCAGCGCCGGCGCCGCCGCCGGCGCGUCCACCGCGCCCGGGGAGCGCACGCCGACCGCGCACAACAAGCAGCUGCAGAAUGUCAAGGGACAGGACCACCCGCCGCACCCCAGCAUGGCGUUCCUCCAGAACCGGUCCAUCUCGCUGGUGGACAUGUACAUCGAUAACAGCGAGCCGAGCGAGAACGUCGGCCAGAUACACUUCUCGCUCGAGUACGAUUUCCAGAAUACGACGCUUAUAUUGAGGAUCAUUCAGGGUAAGGAGCUACCUGCAAAAGAUCUAAGCGGCACUUCGGACCCCUACGUCCGAGUGACGCUCCUCCCAGACAAGAAACAUCGGUUGGAGACCAAGAUAAAGCGGCGAACUUUGAACCCGCGGUGGAAUGAGACCUUCUACUUCGAAGGCUUUCCUAUACAGAAGCUGCAAAGUCGGGUUCUACAUCUUCACGUAUUCGACUACGAUCGCUUCUCCAGGGAUGACUCCAUUGGGGAAGUAUUCCUGCCACUUUGCCAGGUGGAUCUAAGCGAGAAGCCCUCCUUCUGGAAGGCUCUGAAGCCGCCAGCGAAGGAUAAAUGCGGCGAGCUUCUGACCUCGCUGUGCUACCAUCCGAGCAACUCCGUGCUCACGCUGACGCUGCUGAAGGCGAGGAACUUGAAGGCUAAGGAUAUUAACGGGAAAUCAGAUCCGUACGUGAAAGUCUGGCUGCAGUUCGGCGACAAGCGCAUCGAGAAACGCAAGACGGCGAUCUUCAAAUGCACGCUCAACCCCGUCUUCAACGACGCAUUCUCCUUCAACGUGCCCUGGGAGAAGAUCCGUGAAUGCUCGCUCGAUGUCCAGGUCAUGGAUUUCGAUAAUAUUGGGAGGAAUGAGCUCAUCGGACGGAUACUUUUGGCCGGGAAAAACGGCUCCGGCGCCACAGAAACCAAGCACUGGCAGGACAUGAUCACCAAACCUCGGCAGACCAUCGUGCAAUGGCACCGCCUGAAGCCGGAAUAAGUUGUUAAUGUAACAGUCGUCGGCAGGACUCCUGAACUACUGCAAUACACGCGUAUUUGAGUCUUGAAACAUACUGGAUGAGAGCUGCUAUGAGCUCUGUGACAGUCAAGCUAUUCGAAUCAUGAAGCAUACCUAUGCCUUAACUCUGCAUAAAUUUGAUGACUGCUUGCUACUACAACCUAUGAACCGUGUGCGUUUUCAGCCUCAGCCCGUAUGAGAUCUAAAUCUUCUUUUGUCUAUUAUAGUGAUGCAGAUAAGCUAAUAUGUAACUUUUGAGUGCCAAGCUAUUGGAAGCUUGAGUCUUAAAUCAACUAAAAUCUGAUGACAUAUUGCAAACCUACUAUGUACAUUCGGGCAGAGGGAGUUUUUGAGUUUUAAGUCUUAUGACUGCAUGAAAGCUAUUAUUCUGUAUAACUUUUAAACCUCAGGCCGGAUGAUUCAUUGUUUUAAUUCAUAAGACUUAGAGAAGAGUUGUGGUAAAAUUUCGUUCAAGAGUUACAGAGAAUGUCAAAACAAUAUGCGUGUAUAUGUAUUGAAUCUAUUAAGUAAAGAAGUACAUGUUAAGUCAUUCGUAGUAAGUGUGAGUGUCAAGUUGUCAACACAGAAAGUGCUUGUAUUAAAUGCAGUAACUUCUAUUUAAAAAGUAAGCCAUUCAUCCUGUCAUUGUUAGUUAUUAAUAGCUAUUACUUUACAGACGAGUUAGAGGUUUGAAAAGGUUAUCCUAACACUUAAUAUUUCAUAAAAUAUUAAAUUAAUACUAUCCUAGACAAAGUUUAAGGAAUCUGUUAUUGUUUUCCCAUAUUGCUUAAACGUUUUAAAAAUAUAACUGGUGUGUGAACAUAGAGAAUAAUACGACAACUUUGCCCGUAGAGGUAACGUCCGUAGGGCAAAGUAAAAAAUAUUGAAAUAGGUCGUGCGUUUAGUGAAAUAAUGAUAGAAUCAUGAUUUUUUUUUUAUAGAAGAUUUAUUUUAGUUCAGGGAUCUUGUCGGCAAUGAAAAUAUAACGUCAUAAGACUGAGCGGUUAAAGGUUUAACGGUUAAAUCCGUUCUGAAAUCUAUCUCACUUGACGCUGUGCACGACUUUUUUCGUUCAAAAAUAUGUUUUCAUCGUUUACUGCCCGAUUCGAACUUUAAGAUACGUCAAUGACGGUGUUUACCAAAAAUGUGUCAACACACAUUAAUUUUGCAAUAAAAUGUCAACUUUAAUCGUAAUUUUUUUUUGAGUUGACAUCUUAUUGCGUAAUUAAUGUGGGUUGACAUAUUAUUGCUAAACACCAUCCUAGAUCUAGAAACGAUAUGGAUUAGAUGUGUCAGUGUCCAAAGUGACAUUUUUGUUUGAAGAAACGUCACAUUUGACACUGACAUAUCUAAUCCAUAUCGUUUUUAGAUCAAUUAAUUGUUGUAUCUUAAAGUUCGAAUCGGGCCGUUAUCGCAUUGGUCUUUCUGUAUUUUCGGUAUUCGUCGACAUCGUUUAGAAGUUUUAAUGAAAAAUUACGGAAUAGGACAAAUACUGAAAAUUAAGAAAACUAAAGCAGAUGAUUAUGCUAACAAUAAAGUUUGUAUCUGUCAAUGCUUUUAAAAAAACUUUGUUUAAUUUAAAUUUUAUCGCACAGUACUCUUUAAAUUAACGUAGAAUUAGUUUUAACUCAGCUCGAGUAUUUCUUUUCAUACAAUACGUUUGUAUGAAAAUUUCAUUAAGCUUAAAAGUUGAAUCAAUGUUAAGAUUUGAAUAAAUUGUUAGAGGUAUAAAAUAAUUGUUAAAAUGUAGAAAAUAUACGGAAAAUGUCGAGUUCUCAUCGCACAAAGAGAAAAGUAGUUUUUAUUUUACAUUUGCGCGAAUGAAUACAAUAUUAUUUUAUUUCGCCUGAUCUAAUUAUAACAUUGCCCAAAAUUUAUAAAUAAAUUAUUCAAGGGAAAAAAGUUUAAAAGUCAAUAUUGCUGACACAAAUCCAUUGCAUUUAGAUACUGCGAAAAUAUUACCAAGAAUAAAAAAAAUGCAAAUUUGCCAUAUUUUAGAAUGGGUUGUUAUUGUUGGGAAUAUUGGGUAAAAGUAAUAUUAUGCUAGUCGAAGAAAAAAUCGUGCUGCAAGACAAUUCUUAUGGUAUAAUAUUAAUAUACCUUGUUUGUCUUCUAAAUAAAAUAAAUUUUCGUGUGACUUAGCAUUUUAUUAUGACUCGGUUUUGGGUUAUUGGUUAUUAUUAAUUUUAUCAAAUAUAAUUAUGCUUUGAUAACUGAAAUUCUAAAUUAAUUAAUAGAAAUGUAACAAAUAGGACGAACGUGUCACGGUUGGUCAAUUUUAGGUGAGAGUAAAAGUAAUAUUAAAUGGCAAAGUUGACAGAAAUAAAAAAUUUAAUGGUCAAUAUGAAUUGUUUUUUUUGUAAAAU